AUGGAUUGGGCAUUCAAGCUAGAUGAUGCGCUAUGGGCUUACAGGACCGCUUACAAAACACCGAUUGGGCGAACGCCUUUCCAGCUUCUUUAUAGAAAAAAUUGUCACCUUCCGGUCGAGGUAGAAUAUAAAGCUACGUGGGCGAUCAAGCUACUGAAUUUGGACAUAAAAACUGCUCAAGAAAGGAGAGCAAUGGAUCUCCACGAACUUGAUGAGAUACGGUUGGAGGCUUAUGAUAAUUCGAGGAUCUACAAGGAAAGAAUCAAAGCCUUUCAUGACAAAAAAAUCCAACACAAGGAUUUGAAAGCUGGAGACAAAGUCCUUUUAUUCAACUCAAAUCUUCGGCAAUUCCCCGGGAAGCUCAAGUCAAGAUGGUCAGGACCUUUCGAAGUUAAAGAGGUUAUGCCCUAUGGAGCAGUGACAUUGCUCGGGAAGGAUGGGACUGAGUUUACUGUGAACGGGCAGAGAGUGAAGAAAUACAUGGUAAAUGAGAGCAUAGAGGCGGGGUCAUCUUUGCAUCUCGCCGAUCCCGCACCGGUCUGA